CCUCAUCACUCCUUUUUCUAACAAUCGUAAAGAAUAUUCUCUUGUACGAUGGCUCGUACUUCUCCUUACAAGGAACCCUCUCUCCAUGGGAAAAUUGAGAAAUUCGAUGGGGAACAUUUCCGUCGAUGGCAAAAGAAGAUGCGUUUUCUUCUUACUACUCUCAAGGUGGGGUAUGUGAUUAGUACCCCAUGUCCAGAAUGUAACUUGGAGGAGGAAGGGGUCGACAAUGAGGAAUUGAAGAAGCGACUUCGUAAAAUGAAGAAGUGGGAGAAUGACAACUACCUUUGUGUAGGGCACAUACUCAAUGGUUUGUCGGACUCCCUAUUCGACAUUUACGAAAUGUAUGCUAAUGCCUCGGAACUUUGGGAUGCAUUAGAGGCAAAGUAUUUGGCCGAUGAUGCAUCGACCAAGAAGUUUCUUGUAAGUAAUUUCAACACUUACAAGAUGAGCGACUCUCGCCCAGUGAUGGAGCAAUAUAACGAAUUACUUCGAAUCUAUGGUCAGUUUACUCAACACAAUCUGAACAUGGAUGAGGCGAUCGCUGUGUCGAGUAUAAUCGACAAAUUGCCACCUUCUUGGAAGGACUUCAAGCACAUGCUUAAGCACAAGAAGGAAGAGUUGGAUUUAACCCAACUAGGUACCCACUUGCGCAUAGAGGAGAACCUUAGGGUGCAAGAGGGUGUGAAGCCAAAAGAUUCUUCAUCAGUUCAUAUGAUGGAGAUUGGAGAGUCUUCUUCCCAGAAGAAGGGAAAGAAACGUUCUCGCGACAAGGGCUACAACUCAUCCAAGGCCGACAAAAACAAGAAAGCUAAGCCUACUUGUUGGAAGUGCGGGAAAUCAGGGCAUUUCAAGCGUGAUUGUCACAUGGAAAAAUCAAAGAAUAGUGGCAAUCGUCAUGUUGGGCAAGGAUCUAACGAUCAAGGCCCACAAGGAUGAUGAUGUUGCUUGGUGGGUGGACUCUGGAGCUAACAUACACGUAAGCAAGGAUCGCAAAUGGUUCAAAACUUACAAACCAGUGGAAGACGGUUGUGUUCUCCACAUGGGCAAUGAGUCAACUGCUCCAGUCAAGGGACGUGGCACCGUAGAGUUGGAAUUUACUUCCGGAAAGAUUCUUGUACUUAGGGAUGUGUUACAUGUACCUAAGAUUAGAAAAAAUUUGGUUUCUGGAAGUGUACUAAAUAAACUUGGAUAUCGUCAAGUUUAUGACUCUGAUAGAUAUGUAUUAUCUAAAUCCGGAGUGUUUGUCGGAUUUGGUUAUUAUAAUAAUGGUAUGUUUAUGUUGAAUGUUAUUAAUAAAAUUAAUAAUAUUGUUUCUGCUUAUAUGACUACCCUUAUUGAUUCGUCUUUAUGGCAUGCACGAUUGGGGCAUGUGAAUUAUAAGCGAAUGAUGACUAUGUCUAAAGAAGGACUUCUUCCUUCUUUUGAUGCUCAACAUGAUAAAUGUAAAACUUGUAUGUUGACAAAAAUCACUAGAGAGCCGUUUAAGAAUGUGCAAAGGGAGUCCAAGGUGCUUGGACUUGUACAUAGUGAUCUAUGUGAUUUACAUGGCACUCCUACCUUAGGAGGGAAGAAAUAUGUUAUCACCUUUAUUGAUGACUAUUCGAGGUUUUGCUAUGUGUACUUGUUGCAAACUAAGGAUGAAGCCCUUAGUCGCUUUGGUAUAUAUAAAACUGAAGUGGAGUUACAACAAGAAGCAAAGAUAAAAACUUUGCGCACGGAUCGAGGUGGUGAAUACUAUGAUCCGGCUUACUUCCAAAGUACGGGGAUCAUACAUGAGACCUCUGCACCGUUUACCCCUCAACAAAAUGGGAUAGCGGAGAGGAAAAAUCGCUCUCUAAAGGAAAUGGUCAAUUCCAUGCUCUCUUACUCUGGUUUGAGUAAUGGGUUUUGGGGGGAAGCUAUGCUAACGGCUUGCUAUUUAUUAAAUAGGGUUCCCAAUAAAAGGAAUGUCACUACCCCCUAUGAACUAUGGUAUAAACGAAAGCCAAACUUAGAGUAUCUUCGAGUUUGGGGUUGUCGGGCAGUCGUGCGACUAACGGAUCCUAAAAGGAAGACGUUAGGAGAAAGAGGCAUUGAUUGCAUCUUUGUAGGAUAUGCUGAAAAUUCUAAGGCAUACCGGUUCUAUGUUAUAGAACAAAAUGACGCUUACUCAAUUCAUUCUAUAAUUGAGUCAAGAGAUGCCAUAUUUGAUGAAAAUCGAUUUUCAUCAAUGCAACGACCAAAAGACAUAGUUCCUCAUGUCAUUGAGGGGAUUGAGGAAGAUACUUCACAAUCGAAUUUACCCAUUAUUCGUCAAAGUAAAAGAAGAAAGAUUGCAAAAUCUUUCGGACCAGACUUUCAAAUGUAUCUUGUGGAAGGGUCUAGAGAGGAAGUACACUCUCAAUAUUUAUAUUCAUUUAAUAUUGAGGAUGAUCCUAAAACUUUUGAUGAGGCUAUGAAGUCUCGUGACGCUGCUUUUUGGAAGGAAGCUAUUAAUGAUGAAAAAGAUUCCAUCAUGGCGAACAACACAUGGGUGUUGGUAGAUUUACCACCUGGAUGCAAACCUUUGGGUAAUAAAUGGAUCUUCAAAAAGAAAAGAAGAGUCGAUGGGACCAUCGACAAGUUUAAGACGCGUUUGGUAAUCCAAGGUUUUAGACAAAAACAUGGGAUUGAUUACUUUGAUACUUACGCGCCUGUUGCUCGAAUGUCCACCAUUAGAUUGUUGAUUGCUCUUGCGUCAAUUCACAAUCUAAUUAUCCAUCAAAUGGAUGUCAAGACAGCUUUCUUGAAUGGAGAUUUGGAUGAAGAGAUUUACAUGAAACAACCCGAAGGAUUUGUUGUACCCGGUCAAGAGCAUAAAGUGUGCAAAUUGAUCAAAUCAUUGUAUGGGCUUAAACAAGCUCCAAAACAAUGGCAUCAAAAGUUUGAUGAGGUGGUCUUGUCUAGUGGUUUUAAGUUAAACCAAGCUGAUAAAUGUGUAUAUACAAAAUUUGAUGAUUCUGGUAAUGGAGUCAUCAUAUGUUUGUAUGUAGAUGACAUGCUUAUCUUUGGUACCAAUCAAAGACAAGUGGACAUCACUAAGGAGUUUUUGUCAUCUAAAUUCUCCAUGAAGGACAUGGGGGAGGCAGAUGUGAUUCUGGGUAUCAAGAUCAAGCGGAACGGCAAGGAAGUAGCUUUGACUCAAUCUCAUUACAUUGAGAAGGUACUUGAUAAAUUUCAUAGUGAAGUUUGUCGUGAAUUAAAAACCCCAAUGGAUCCAAGUAUGAAACUUUUUCCUAAUACUGGGGAUCCUGUUUCACAAAUGGAAUACUCCAAGGUUAUUGGGUGUUUGAUGUAUGCAAUGACUUGCACAAGACCAGAUAUCGCAUAUGCGGUAGGACAAUUAAGUCGGUAUACGAGUAAUCCUAGUGCUCAUCAUUGGCAUGCAGUGAGACGUGUGCUAGGAUAUCUCAAAGGCACAAUGCAUUAUGCUUUGACUUAUAGUGGAUUUCCAUCUAUCUUGGAAGGCUAUACUGAUGCUAGUUGGAUUUCUGAUGUUCAAGAUCACACUUCAACUUCAGGAUGGGUAUUUUUGCUUGGGGGAGGUGCUAUCUCUUGGGCUUCUAAAAAGCAAACUUGCAUCACAAGUUCCACUAUGGAGUCAGAAUUUGUGGCCUUGGCUUCUGCCGGAGGAGAGGCAGAAUGGUUGAGAGACUUGGUUUAUGACAUCCCUUUAUGGCCUAAACCAAUCUCACCAAUUUCUAUCCUUUGUGAUAGUAAUGCUACUUUGGCUAAGGCAUAUAGUCAAAUGUAUAUUGGCAAGUCUCGCCAUUUGGGGGUAAGACAUAGUAAAAUUCGUGAAUUGAUCACUCACGGAGUUGUGUCUUUACAGUAUGUCCGGACUCAAGAGAAUUUAGCUGAUCAUUUGACGAAAGGGUUAGCUAGAGACUUGGUAGUCAAGUCUAUAAAAGGGAUGGGUUUAAAGUCCAUAUAAUUUCUGAUAAUGGGACACCCAAUUCCCCUCUAAUACAAUGUUAGAGGCUGAAUUCAAUGUGGAAAGCUUAUUAUCAGAAAUUGAAGCACACAGUGUGUCAUCCCGAGGUAUGUGCUUGUUAUCCUGCAUGAGAGAAGAGGAUGAAGUUUAACUUCUUAAUUGAAUCUUUGACAAAGUGUAUUGUGCAGGUACACAAAUUAAAGAUUCAACCUAUGUAAGCAUGAAGUGCGGCCGCUUCAAGAAACCCGGACUUUGGUUUCGUGUGCGCUUAUGAGAAGGAUUGGACACAUGGCGGAGAAUAGUGUCAAGGCGCUUAUGAAGUUUUGAAAACUUAAGUGUAUAUUAUUUUCGAAUAUUCAUAUGAGUCAAUGGGUUCAAUCGUUACCGACACCCUUUGUAUUCGAAUAUUUGUCAAGUGUAAUAUACUAAGAUGAAAAUUCAAUCGUCACGACAUUUUCAUUUAUGCUUAAGUUUUGUUGGAAGAAGGUUGAAUGUUGUGAUUUUAGUGAAUUCUUUGAAUACACUAAAAUGGGGGAGGAAUGUUGGAAUUAGGUGAAACUGAGUUUGGUUGAAACUAACUAAAUCAGACCGGUUUGGACACCUGUUACCACACGUUGCAUGACAAAGCUUUGGAAUGGUAGUUAGCCAUGAAAGAAAUGAUACAUUAAUUCAAACUAAUGGCAUAUCACUUCCAUGUAAGCAACGUGUCAUAAUUGUAAAAGUAAUGGACAAAAUUAAACUACCAUAAAUUUGAAAUGGACUAACCUAUACGUCCAUUGCAUUGUAUGGCAGUUUGUCCUUGACUUUGAAAUGAACGAAGAUGUACGUCCUUGGCUGAAUGGAUGCCUCUUUUCAUUUCUAACUGCCCGUCAACCCAUGAAACAUUGUAUUGCUUCAAUUAUGAAGUAGUUCGUGGUUUCAGCAUCUAUAAAUAGAUGGCAUCGGCUGGUGGGAGAGGACACACAAAAAGAAUUCAUUCUAUCUUCCUACUAAAUACUUCUAAGUGUGCUUUAGUUUCUUAAGCCUAGAUUCUAAAGUGGUGGUAGUUUUAUCCUACGAAGAAAUUUCCUGUAACCCUAGGCUUGAUUGAGGGUGGAAAUAUUCUUUACGGAAAGUGAAUUUUGUUCACGACUCUAUCACAAUCCUUGUCACCCGGUCUUGGGCUUUCGUACAAAUACCCUCAUCACUCCUUUUUCUAACAGCACGGAGUGGAGAUGAAAGAGAUCUUGUGUCCCUUUUUGGCCAUGAUCUUGGCGAGUUAGAGGAAAGGGAGCAUGUGGCCGAAGGCUAGCCAUGGGAACAUGGCGAUGUGAAGGAGCUUUGUGUCGCCUUCGCCGCCGGCCAUUGUGGAGCGUCGAGGUAGUGGGUUCAGGGAAAAGGAGAGUAGUGAAUACUGAUUAUGAAGUAUAUAAUAUAAUAUGAUAGGCAAUGCAAAAUGCAUUCGGAAAAUGAUUCCCACUUCUCGCAUCGCAUUUAUUCGGUUGGAAAAGGUUUAGCACACCAACUAAGAGCCACAACAUCAACAUAUAAUUCAAAACGUGAAUUAUGUGUCGUCACUCGAUCGAACCAAACCUUUUUUUCUGUUCGGUUUAGUAGAGGCUGAGAUAGAGAUGGACGACGUACACAGCCAUUUGGUGGUUCACAGCCACAAAGAUGUUGCUACUUACUAGUAUGGUUGCUACUUACUCAUAUUGAAGAAACACGGGGAGCAAACAGCAAAGGAGUGAGCUGGAAGUGAGCCCGGCCUGUCAAUCAAUCUUUUCCUCUGCGGAAAGAGAAAUGAAAAUGUUAUCAUUCCAAUGGCAUUUGUGUUUGAAUCCGCUCGAAUUUCUGGUUGCGUGGUUGAUUGGGAAGAGACCCAACAAAGGCUAUUCCAAAUGCAGCAGACAGUCGAUUGAACCAGGUUUUGUAAGGAAGAAGCCAACGCAAAAAUGAUAAGAUAAUAUGAUGGGGGCAGAUAUCUAUUAUCUACCAUACAUAAUGCUAUGCACCUACUUGACUGUCGGCUGUCGCCAUAAAAGGGAGUAAUUGUAGAAAGAAAGAGUAUUUCUUGUGUGCUGUACCCCAAAAGGUAAGAUAUUGUGGUUUGUUAAUUUGGAUAGUUUUUUUUUUAAUAUAUGAAUGAAAAAAUUCUUUUUGUUAGAUUCUGAAUUUCAUUAUGGGUUUGGAUGAGGAAUGUCAUAAUGAGAUAUUUGGAUCGAAAUCUAUCUUUUAAAAAUCUAGAUAUUUAGUAUGAGAGACUUUUACCAAAUCUCUUGUUUGGCAUCAAACCAGGUUUUUGAUAAAAUAGAGCAAAAGUCUAUUUUGUCCCCCCCCCCAUCAUUUCUUUUUGCAUCAUCUUCUUCCUUUCGCCUCAUCUCCAAAACCCGCAUCUAAAAUCCUAAAUUUUUUCGUCCAGUGCGAUAUGGAGAUUCCGAGCAGAUUGGUUGUCCUGUGUUAGUGGGUGAACUCCAAAACUCUUUCUAACCCAAUUUUAAAUUGGGGGGCAUGGCAAUGGCGCGCUCGAAGGGGAAAAGAGGAGGGCGUCACCCUCAACAACUGAUUCGCUCCCCCCUCUCUCUCCAAACGAUUCGCAAGCCGCGAGGCAGAGCAUGGGCCAGACCAGCUCCCUGCCAUCUAGGAGGGAGUGGAAACAUGAUGGUGGAGAUAGGGCAGUGGCAGGGACCAGAAUGGAGAGACGCAAGAUGUCGCUGUGUGGAGAAGAUGUCGAAGGGGAUAUGAAACGCAAGAGAAGGAAGGAAGAAGGUACGAGGAUUGGGGUUAGCCAAUGAGCGCCUCAAAGGCCUCUCAAUCAUCCUCGUCAAGUCCUCAUCGACGCUGCUGUCGUUGCUGAAGGAGAAGGAAGAAGACAGAGUAAAGGAACUCGAAUGAA